AUGGCCUAUAGCAUUCUCAUUGACGGAUGUUGUCAGCAUGGUGAUAUGGAUGGUGCACGUGAGCUAUGGCAUGAAAUGAUCCAAGACAAGUUCACUCCAGAUGUUUUCUGCCAUACCAGUCUAAUUUACAGCUAUUGCCAAAACCAAAAAUUGCAGGAAGCUACAGAUCAGUUUGAAAUCAUGCUUAAUGAUGGUGUGGCGCUCAAUAUUGUUACUUGCACCAUUAUUAUUGAUGGGUUAUGCAAGGAAGGGUGUUUUAUAGAAGCUUUUCGGUUCUUAAAUGAAAUGGGGGAGCUGGGUAUCAAUCCCAAUAUAUUUACUUACACUACAAUCAUUGAUGCGCUAUACAAAAUUGGAAGUUCUUGUGGUGCAUGGGAGAUUUUUGGAGUUAUGAUAAAACGAGCUCUUGUUCCUGAUGUAGUUCUAUAUACCAUCCUGAUCAAUGGUUUAGUCAAAACACUGGACUUGGAGAAAGCUCUUAUGAUCUAUGAAAUGAUGUCUCAAAGGGGUAUAAAUCCAAACAUUUUUACUUAUACAAGUCUCAUCAAUGGGCUAUGCAGCGCUAGAAUGCUUCCUACAGCUUUGGGCUUAUUUGAGGAAAUGAAAUGGAAGGGAUUCAAGCCUGACAGGGUUCUUUAUUCUACGAUGAUUUCAUGUUGCUGCAGAUGCGAGGAUAUGAAGAAAGCUCUGGAAUUUGUCAAUUCAAUGGAGACAGAUGGGUUUGAACCUGAUGGCAUUGUGUACAGUUCGAUAAUUGCAGGUUAUUGCAGGUCCAACAAUAAGGAGAUUGCUUUGGAACUGUUCUAUAAAUUGGAGAGACAUAAAUUCAGACUUGACAGAAGUAUGCAUACUUCAAUAAUUGCUGCUUAUUGUAGGUGCAAUGAUAUUAAGAAGGCUGUACGAUUGUUCAAUAGAAUGGUGGAAAGUGGUUUAGUACCAGAUGUGUAUUUGUAUACUUGUUUAAUAGAGAGAUGUAGCAAGUUGUCAGUGAUGAGCGUCGCAGAGUUGCUGCUGGCUAAAAUGAUUAUAGUAGGAUUCACUCCUAAGGCAAUAAAUUAUACAACUCUUAUACAUGGAUAUCGUAAGAUGGGUUACUCUGAGAAGGCCUUUGAGUUGCAUAAAUCUAUGCUGACGCAGCUUCCCGAAUCUUUACAUCAGUAG